UAAUAUUCCCGUGGAAAAGUCGUUUGGUUCUAAUUGUGUCAGAAAAACAAGGAUCAAAUACAUUUUGGGAAUGUCAGAGAGAAUCGCAGAAUCUGCCAGUUUUUACUCGAUAGCUUCUGACUCAAGAUAUGAACAUUUACUAUACGAGUUAGAAACGUCUAAUGACACCAGCAGCGUUGGUCUGGUUAUAAGAGCCAUUUAUGAUGGGGACGAGCACAGGAGCUUCAUGGAGAAGCUGGACGCGCGGAUCAAAACGCAUGACAAGGACAUCGAGAAAAUGUGCAACUUCCACUAUCAGGGCUUCAUCGACGCGAUCAGAGAGCUGCUGCAAGUGCGCACCCAGGCGCAGAAACUUAAUGAAGGAGUUGUGGGCAUCAACAAAGAGAUCUUAUCCUCCGCAGCGGCUUUGACUGCCAAAGGCGAGCAGCUGUGCAAGGCGAGGAAGACGGAACACAACAUCGCGACGGCCAUCGAAAGCCUCUCUUUGUGCCUACCUGUCCUCACCACUUACGCCAAACUGCAGAAACAGAUGGCGGAGAAAAGAUACUAUCCUGCGCUGAAAACGCUGGAAAUGCUGGAGCACCAGUACCUGCCUCGAGUGGCCAACUACAGAUUUUCUCAGCAAAUGCGAGAGAGCAUCCCAAAGCUGCGUGAAAACAUAAAAGACGCGUCGAUGUCUGAGCUUAAAGACUUUUUGGAGAACAUCAGAAAGCUCUCACCUAAAAUUGGAGAGGUUGCCAUGAAGCAUACGACAGAGCAGCUGGCUAGCGACCUGGUGGCUGUGGUGAGAAAGAAAAAGCGUCAGGCGCCUCUGCCGCCGAGUUCAUUUAGCAGUGAUGCCGAGAAUUUCAAGAGCAUUUCGCUUGACACGAGUUUCGAUGGCGACGACGAAUUGAGUGCUCAAGACAUGAUCGAUUUUUCGCCGGUCUACAGGUGCCUUCACAUUUACUCUGUCUUAGGCUUAAGAGAUACCUUCGAGGACUACUACAGGAAACAAAGGAAGAAGCAGGCGUUGUUGGUCAUUCAGCCGCCAACUAAUAUGCAUGAAAGCGUUGGGGAGUACAAAAACUACAUCCAUGCCAUUGUCGGCUUUUUUGUCAUCGAGGACCACAUUUUGAACACAGGAAACGGUCUAGUCACGAGAAGCUAUCUGGACGAAGUCUGGUCCACAGCACUCACCAGCAUCAUCAACGCUCUGCGGACUCACACUGCUUACUGCACAGACGCCCAGUUGAUGAUAAAAAUCAAACACUUGAUCACAAUGUUCAACAAUACACUUAGGAAUUAUGGUUACCCCAUUGGACAACUGCUGGAACUCUUGGCCGAAAUCAGGGAGCAUUACAAUGAGGUUUUGAUGCAGCGAUGGGUCCAAGUGUUCAGAGAGAUUCUAGACGUUGAAAACUUUGUGCCGAUAGAAGUGCACAGCAGUGCUGAGUUUGAUACAGUAGUCAACAAUUUUCCAUUUGUGGAUGACUCUCUGCAAGAAAAACCAUUCCCCAAGCUUUUCCCAUUUUCGUCAAUGGUUCCAAAAGUGUACCAGCAAGUCAAAGAAUUCAUUUACGCCUGUUUGAAAUUCUCUGAUGACUUGAAUCUAAGUCAAGAGGAAGUUUGCGAAAUGAUCAGGAAGUCGACAAAUUUACUCCUGACCCGCACUUUCAGUGGUUGUCUAUCAUCUUGUUUCCGUAAACCUGGUCUUGGUCUCUUGCAAAUGGUCCAAAUUAUUCUUGACACUGGCUAUUUGGAGCAGGCAACUAUCUACUUGGAAGAAUUCGUUGCAAACAUCACAGGGGCUCACGCCGAAGCGCAGUUUGUGUCUAGAACUGGUCCUCCAGCCAUGUUCAGAGUCGCCCGAGCUGAUGCGGAGCAGCAGAUCAUUGAGAAGCUGCAAAAGAAGUUAGAUGAGUUCAUGGAGCUGGAGAAUUAUGACUGGAUGCUGGGCGAACCGCAAGGUCACGCCUCAAGCCACAUCACUGACAUGAUUGCCUUUUUGCAAAGCACUCUGCAAGCAUUCAGUGAUUUGCCUGCUGAAGUUUCACAAAAAGUGUGUAAAGCAGCUUGCAAACAUUUAGCUGACGGACUGCUGCAUUUAUUGCUCCAAGAGGAAGUAAAACAAGUGUCUACCGGCGCUCUCUCUCAACUAAACUUGGACAUAAUUCAGUGCGAACAGUUUGCCGCUUUAGUGCCUGUGCCUGGUCUGGAUGAGGACGCCUGUCUGCAGUACUUCACCGAAAUCCGACAGCUGCUUGACCUUGUGAUGGCCUGGGACUGGCCAACCUACUUCCACGACCAUGGUCAGGAGACCAGCAAGUACCCAAAUGUGAAUCCGAACAAUGCUAUAAUACUGCUGGAAAAAAUGCGAGAGGCAGACAAAAAGACUGUGUUUGCUGUUUUGAAGAAGAGUGAGAGGGACAAGAAGAAGCUUCUCGAGACGGUGCUGAAGCAACUGCGCCAGCUUGCGUCAGCGCCGUCCCAGCCAUGAAAUUUUGUUGAUGAUUUUGUUCUCUAAACCAAAGUUUAACAAGCAUUUUAGGCGUCGCAAAUAUUCUUGUGUCACAAUAACUAACACAGCAGAUAUUACGUUUAAAUCAAUGUUGUUAUUUUGAGGAAGUUAUUUUCUAAAGUGCCUUUUACCAGAUCAGUUAUAAAAAUGAGUAUGUUAAAUGAUAGAAAAAUAAAGGAAAAUUAUAAUUA